AUGAGCAAUACUACACCUUUCUCAACAUUCAACGAUCGUUCUAUCGAAUAUCAAGACACCUCGUUUAACUCAACUUUAUCUGACGACAUAUUUGACUCUUCGUUCUCAUUCAUGAACCCAGACUCAAGUAACAUGGAUUAUUACAUUGCCAGUCCAGACGCUCACCAAAGUCCUGAUCCCUCAAACACUGAAUCUCAAAACACAACAUCAAAUAACAAUCUAGAAGAGAUUGAGGUGCAGGAUUUGAACAUGGGUAACAAAGAGGAUACCGAUCAUAACCAAAAUCAUCAUUUUUCCUUAUCUCCACUCACAAUGUCUGAUCCACAUGUAAUCUUCUCUCAACCUCAAGCCAAUACCGACACAUCUGCUGGCUCCUACCAAUAUCCUCCAUAUGCAAUGACAUAUGAAUCCAUAUCCGCACUCAAUCAUAGCCACAGUCACUCGACAGCUAUUCACCCGACUUACUAUCACCCAUAUAGGUCAAGUGCUACGGGUGACUUCUCGAGGAGCCCAAGGUCGCCACCGCGAUCACCCGCUCUUUCUUCUUCUCCUCAUGGAUCCUCAUUCUCCAACCGACUAUCGUUCGGUAUCCCCACCUCUGUCAGUCCAACAUUGGUCAGUCCUCACAGCAUCGUUGGAUCUCAGCUCUCCGACACCAGCCCAAAUCAUCCAUACAUGUACCAGCUUCCUUUGACAUACGGUACUCCCCUAAAUAGUAUCACAAACCUAGCCAAUGUAUCACCAACAGGUCCAGGUUUGUCAAUGGUGGCUGGAUUCCCAUGUCCUAUGCCACCACAACAGCUUCAAGCUAGUCCUCCCACUAAAGGCAGACCCAUCUCACGUCCAAGACAGCCGAGAGCAAACGCAAGGAAAAUCAUUAAGCAAGAAGAAGAAGAUGAUGACGUUAGCGAUGUGGAAGAGGAGAACAUCGGAAGCGGUCUUGGUCUUUCUGCUGCCGCCAACACGCAUGGCGAUCGAGUCCUGGUCUCUUCCAAACGAGAGGAUAUCCGAAGAGCCCGAAUUGAGAGCGAGCAGCGUCGACGUGACGAACUUCGAGAAGGCUUUCGAAGACUCAAAGAGGCUUUGCCCGAUACCAAUCAAAGAGCUUCCAAAGUUAGCUUACUAGAUCGCUCUGUCCUUCAUAUCCAAUCAAUCGAAUCCGCUAACAGAUACCUCCUUGGUCAAGUCGAUGAGGCAAGCAGAGAGUGUGCUAAACUCCGAGAGAUGCUUCACAACGAACUCUCUCUCCGACAAAGAACCGCUUCCAAUAGUCCUGGUUCUGGGUCUCAAAGCAAUCGACCUCACUGA